UUGUUAGUGACGCUGUUUGGUCACUCUAAUUUAACCGGCUCCAUUUUGCGAACAAAUUAUUUUAUUUAUUCUUGUUUAAAGCGUUCAAAAUGAAGCUCGCUCCGACUGUUAAACUGAACAAUGGCUAUGAGAUGCCAAUUCUGGGAUUGGGCACCUACAAUUCGAAGGACAACGAAGGAGAGGCCGCUGUGAAGCAUGCCAUCGAUGUGGGCUAUCGUCAUAUAGACACGGCAUAUUUCUACCAAAACGAAGCCGAAGUUGGCAAGGCGAUUCGGGAUAAAAUAGAAGAGGGAGUGGUCAAGCGGGAGGAUAUUUUCCUCGUUACCAAGCUUUGGAAUGUUUUCCACGAUCCUGAGCGUGUUGAGGGCAUUUGUCGGAAACAGUUGAGCAACUUUGGCUUGGAUUACAUCGAUCUGUACCUUAUGCACAUGCCAGUGGGCUACAAAUAUGUUGACGAGGACACCCUUAUGCCAAAGAAUGAGGACGACGUGCUUCAGCUGAGCGAUGUGGACUACCUGGACACCUACAAGGCCAUGGAAAAGCUGGUUAAACUGGGGCUGGUCCGCAGCAUAGGAGUGUCCAACUUCAAUAGCGAGCAAGUGGGACGAGUUUUGGCUAACUGCGAGAUCAAGCCAGUCACCAAUCAGGUGGAGUGCUCUCCUGCCCUCAACCAGAAGGCUUUGACAGCUUUUUGCAAGAAGAACGAUGUCACUGUGACUGCAUAUACACCUUUGGGAAAGCCCAAACCCGAUAUCAAAAAGCCGGACUUUAUCUAUUCCCCAGAGGUGGCCGUUAUUGCCAAAAAAUACGGCAAAACUGCACCGCAGAUUGUCUUGCGUUAUUUGGUUGGUCUGGGUGUUAUCCCCAUUCCCAAGUCAUCGAAUACUAACCGAAUUUCGGAAAACUUAGAUAUCUUCGAUUUUGAGUUAACUGCCGAGGAGAUGGCCGUUCUCGAUGGAUAUCACACUGGCGAACGUGUUGUGGCAUUAAAUUUAAUCAAGGGCCAGAAUCACAAGUACUAUCCGUUUGCAAUUGAUUUUUAAACCGGCAGAAAUGUUCGUUUCUUUAUAAUGUCGAAAAACAAAAAUAUAUAUUCAAAUUGUUACAAAUAAGUCUAUGACAGUAAUUUGAGGGCACGAGUAUAUUAAUGCCCCCUAGACAACCAACGUCAUUGUACCCUGGUUGCUCCGUUAAAUCUAAAGAUCUGCUAGCCUCCUAGAAAGUUUGGAAUAUCCAAGAAAAGAGAAGUAAAUGGGAGCAUCGAUCUUUGGCACGGCACGUUUGACAUUCAAGCCGAAAGGUGAAAAUGUUUGAAUAAGACCGAAUUAAAACACAACGCUUUUACGACUAAUGGUAAUAUAAGCUGAGCGAACUGAAAGAUCACCAAACGACAGUGUACUCAGCUUAAUUAAAAUAUAAUUAAUUGCUGAAAAAAAUACAUUACCAGCAUAUUUCAUUCAUUUAAAUAGUUGUGUUGUUUAGGCAGUGAUAAA